ACGACACGUUUGGAAACCUUCCAGAAAGUAUAACCGAAUUUUAUAUGAAUAAUUGCAGUAAUUUCUUUGUUGUCGAGAUAGAUGCCUUAAGACACUUCCCAAAGCUCAGUGUUCUGGACGUAAGUAAAAGCCCUAUUCAUUUGAUUCAAGCCUUCCGAAUGUUAUAUCCGUUCGAGAACCAAACGAUGGAAAUAAUUAAUUUCCACGACGUGACCUUUGCAAAAGUGAAAAUAUUUUACUAUGAUGUAGUACUCACCGAGGAAAUGAUGAAAUAUAUAAAAACCAUGUGUAUUAAAACGCUAGAUAUAUCAUUCAAUAACAUUGUUGCAUUUAGAAAUAAUUCAUUACUGGCAUUUGAACAUCCGGAGUGUUUCAGGAAAAUACAUUUAACUGCAAAUGAUUUCAGCUUUUAAUUAAAUACUUUAUAGAAGAGUUUAUGGAAUUCUUUAAAAGAUUAACAAAUCUUGAAAUAUAUGAUCAUUCAUAUUUUGCAUUAGGAUACAGAAACCCGAAAUUUUAUAACGACACAGCCUCUAGAAUUGAUGAAAUAAUAACUCCGAAUUCUAAUUCAAUGCCGAAAAAAGUUAUUUUGUAUGCACCUAAAAGUCUGAAGGAAUUUAGAGCUACUCAUAUCAUGUCAAAAUUUCUUUUCGACGAAGUCGUCUUUAACGAAAGUUCUUUGGAAAAUUUUGACGUUUCCGAUUUUGAUACGAUAAUUUUCCCAAAAUUCACAUUUAUUGGUAAAAAUCGGGUAAAGUCUCUUAACAUAUCAGGAAUAAGUGCCCACAGGACAUUAGAUAAGUUUCCACUUAUGUCAAAUUUAACAACAUUAAGGAUGUCAAAGGCAAAGUUAUUUAGAAUUUUUAAUGAAAGUAGCAGUCAUAUUGGAAUUUUUAACUGGGCACCAAAUGUUGAACACUUGGAUCUAUCAAAAAAUUUUAUGUGGGUCUUAAACAAAAGAUUUUUGGAUGGAUUGAAACAUUUAAAAUACUUGAAUUUACAAGGUAAUUUGUUUCAAACUGUUCCUGAGGUAGUAACGUCUUUGACCAAUAUUAAUAAAAUUGAUUUAUCGUUUAACCUUCUGCCGACGCUCGACGAAAAUAUGAGGGGAUGGAUCGACAGACAACAAAAGAAAUUGGGCAAAUUUGAAGUUUUUCUUGUUUUAAAUCCCUUUCUUUGCCACUGUGAAACAGUGUCAUUUCUGUAUUGGAUACGUUCUACGAACGCCAAUUUAGAUUGCGAUGGAAAUUACACGUGCAGGUUAGAUGCGAAUCAUGUAAGCCACACGUUAAAUGUAUAUGAGAAAAUUCACGAUUUUUAUUCGGAUUGCAACGGUAUAUUAUGGCUAAAGUUUGGUGUGUCAUUACUGACUUGCAUUAGUAUCUUGACUAUUUUUGCGACUUUGCUGUAUAACUUCCGAUGGCGAUUAAUAUUUUUUUGUCAACGAAAAUUUCUCAAAAUGGCUGAAAAAAGUUUGAAUGUUGACUUUAAGUAUGAUGUAUACGUUUCGUAUUCAGAUGACGGAGUGUCCUUUAUAAAGAAUUUUUUGCAGCCGAAAAUUGAACAGGAAUGGGGUUUAACUUUGUGCUGCGAAGAUCGAGAUUUUUUCAUAGGGGAGUCAAUUGUUGAUGCACGCGCCGCUUCAAUUCAUGAGAGUAGGCAUAUAAUUUUCCUCGUCACACCAUCUUUUAGGGAGAACGAAUGGAGCAGUUUUGAGAUCGAAAGAGCUAAAUAUGAGAAAUUCUCGAGGGAUUUACAAAAAAUUAUAGUAAUUGCGAAAGGCAUCGCUACAAAAGAUAUGCCCAUCGAAUUUGCUACAGUAUGGAAAGACGUUAGUCUAAUUGAAUGGCCAAUCGAUGUGGACGGAAUUAAUAUGAGUUGUCAGAAACUACGGCUAUCUUUCUUCUAUUAGAAACUUAUGAUUGUAACAAUUUAAAAUGUUUAUUUUGUUCGUUAAAGUAAUUUUUAAAUUUUAAAUAGGAAAUGGUGAAAUAUUUCUUUGGGAAACCAGAUAUUUUAAAGAAGUUGUUCCAUUCACUUCCUCGACACCCGGAAGUAUGUUUUCGAAUACAUUAUUACAUUUAUAUUAUAUAUUAGUUAUCUUUAAU